UUGGCAAUUGAGACGCGACUUGCGGCGAAGUUGAGGAUCUGUUAGGUGUGCACCAUCUCUGCCGCCCCUCCCGGGCCGGGGUCCUCGGCUCUUCGUUGCCCGUCCCCGCCUCCCUCCAGCUCUUCCUCUCCCAGUGUCAGCAUGGCGGCCAUGGAGCCCAGAGAAUGUGAGACAGACGGCUGCAGCAGCGAGGCCAAGCUGCAGUGCCCGACCUGCAUCAAGCUCGGAAUCCAGGGCUCCUAUUUCUGCUCCCAGGAGUGCUUCAAGGGAAGCUGGUCCACUCACAAGCUGCUCCACAAGAAAGCAAAGGAAGACAAGAGCAAGGAUGAGACCAAGAGCUGCGUGGAGAACGACGUCAACACAGACCCAUGGCCCGGAUACCGAUACACCGGCAAACUGCGCCCCCACUACCCCCUGACCCCGAUGCGGCCUGUUCCCGAUAAUAUCCAGAGACCUGACUAUGCAGAGCAUCCACUAGGGAUGUCGGAGUCUGAACAGACCAUGAAGGGGACGUCCCAGAUAAAGAUCCUCUCUCCCGAGGACAUCGAGGGUAUGAGAGUCGUGUGCCGGCUUGCCCGUGAGGUCCUCGAUAUCGCUGCCCUGAUGGUGAAACCAGGCAUAACGACCGAGGAGAUCGACCAUGCUGUGCACCUGGCGUGCACAGCAAGGAACUGCUACCCCUCCCCCCUCAACUACUACAACUUCCCCAAGUCCUGCUGCACGUCUGUCAACGAGGUCAUCUGCCACGGCAUCCCGGACCGCCGCCCCCUACAGGAGGGAGACAUUCUCAACGUGGACAUCACAGUGUACCGCAAUGGUUACCAUGGAGACCUUAACGAAACAUUCUUCAUCGGCGAAGUGGAGGAAGGAGCGCGAAAGCUGGUCCAGACGACCUACGAGUGCCUCAUGCAGUCCAUCGACGCGGUGAAGCCAGGUGUGCGGUAUAGGGAGUUGGGGAACAUCAUCCAGAAGCAUGCCCAGGCCAGUGGCUUCUCUGUGGUCCGGAGUUACUGUGGCCACGGCAUCCAUAAGCUGUUCCACACCGCACCCAACGUACCGCACUACGCCAAAAAUAAAGCUGUGGGGGUGAUGAAGCCGGGUCACGUCUUCACCAUCGAGCCUAUGAUCUGCGAAGGUGGCUGGCAGGACGAGACGUGGCCAGACGGCUGGACGGCGGUGACCCGUGAUGGAAAGCGCUCGGCGCAGUUUGAGCACACCCUGCUGGUGACGGAGACGGGCUGCGAGAUUCUCACCCGCCGCCUGGAGGACAAUGGGCGCCCGCACUUCAUCAGCCAGUUCUAAAACACACACAGUCAUACACACUCUCUCUCUCUCACACACACACACACACACACACACACACACACACACACACACACACACACACUUCAUCAGCCAGUUCCAAAACACACAGUCAUACAUCUCUCUCUCUCUCUCUCUCUCUCUCUCUCUCUCUCUCUCUCUCUCUCUCUCUCUCUCACACUUCAUCAGCCAGUUCUAAAACACACACAGUCAUACACUCUCUCUGUCUCUCACACACACACACACACACACUUCAUCAGCCAGUUCUAAAACAGUCAUUCUCUCUCUCUCUCUCUCUCUCACACACAUACACACACUCACACACACUCACACACACACACACAAAUGUAUACACACACUUCAUCAGCCUGAUAUAGAGCGGACACACACAUUGAUACAUGGCUACAUAUACACAACAUACAUGCACACAGACACUUAAUCAGUCAGACCUGGGUGACCCCAACAGUCCCAUGUACACGCAUACACAUAUGGAUACACCAGUAACACACACACACACACACACACACACAGAACUGUGACAGAGCACUGUUUACACCGCCUGGCCGUGCCCUUACACUAUCCUGGGCCUUUCGUUUCUCAAUCGAUUUUUCGCUGAUACUUGAAUACAUCUGGAAUCAAAAUGAACUGUGUGGGAUAUUUUAUUACGUAGGGUGACGUUUUUUUAUAUUGUCUGCUGAUAUCAUUUAAGACAAAGAUUGCUAUUUAAACACAAAUAUUGCUAAAGGCUUAUUUAUAAUGCGUGGAGUUUAUUUAUGACGCACGUAUUUUGAUGUAUUAAGAACGUCGUCCUGGCCCACUGAUAUCGGAUAGUGUAGACGUGAGUGUACAGGGGUGCUGUACUUUAGAAUGUGUUAGAAUGUACACUGUGCUGCCACAUUCUCCCACCGUUGUGUGCCCACACAUCGCAACACAUUGCUUUAGCAGCAGAAAUGUAGAGAGCUAAUUAGUUUGGCGACGGCUGUCUGUUUUCCGCCGGAGCGCGGAGUAGCGCGUUCAGCCUUACCGACAUUGGCAUUCUGGUCAAAUCGAGCUGUAUGCUUUUCACGCUGAACAUCUAUCUGUACGACAGUCCUCAGUUUUUGCUAUUUCGAAACCCUAAUCAUCCCGUAUCGUUUCCAGGCCUUUUCUUUGUGUUUGUCUAAUACCUUUUUAUUUGUGUACGUUUGGUACUUUUGAUGUGGACGUUCGCCCUCGGCAGACCAUUGAAUGUUAGACUGCACCACAGACGUCACCCAUUCCUGUAGUAAAGCCACAAUCAGCGAUACAAAAUAAAAACUUAUGUUGCUUCUGCCA